GCAGAAAGCAGUCUGAGCCUCUUGUUAUCUCCCUCCAGUUAACCCUACAGGCCGUAGUUUGUAUAAAUAAGUGCCCCAGGCUGCCGUGCCCCUUUAUUCAGCGUGUGCUACUAUGAGGGGACUGGUUAUUCUCUCUGUCCUGACAGUGUGGGCACUGAACUGUGCCAGUGUGCCAACGCGGGACACCAGUGGACGCCACUGGAGCUGCGAUGAGAAGGAAAAAGAGCCAGGGGCGAGGUUGGCCAUGCUCAGCAUCAACAACAAACAUUUCCAUGGGUACAAGUUCCAGCUCAGUAACAUCACCUUCAGCACAGUGGAGAAGGGUCAAUCUGACUGUAAAUUGCACCUGGAACUAGACCUCCAGGAAACAACCUGUCACAUCAUCAACCCAAAAUCUUUUGAAGAGUGUGACAUCCGUCAAGAUUAUGAAACGCAAGUGAAUGCCCACUGCAAUGUGACCCUGAGCAUCACAGAAGGCAUUGCAGAGGUCUCUAAACACUCCUGCAACACUGAACCAGUUUCUGCUGAGAAGAUGGUCAGAAUGUGUCCGGACUGCCCCAUCCUGCUGCCCCUUCACAGCCCCGAGGGCCUAGAGAGUGUGAAGGCAGGCCUCAGGCAGUUCAACAUGGACCACAACUACACCUCCUACUUCAAACUGAUGGAAGUGGGGAGGAUAAAAUCUGGGUACAUGAUGAUGACUGGAAUGAACUACUACGCUGAGUUGGCCAUCGUGGAGACUGAUUGUAAUGCCAAGAGCAGGAUAGAUAGACAUGCCUGCAAGCCACUGUGCCCCGAUGAAGCUCGCCAUGGGCUCUGUAAAUCCACACUGCUGGGGAAUGGCCAGGUGGAUGUCAACUGUGAGAUCUAUGAAGCUCUUAACGCCAGUUCUCCCCGUACCCCUGGAAGGGAGUGUGGACACCCACCACACCACAUCCAUCCUGGCAUCAAACAUCACCUCCCUCCCUGGGUACACAAGCCAGGAAAACCAGGCCCACUACCAGGCUUCCCAGGACGCCCUGGUGGCCCACCUCCAGGCGACCAAGGUCCACCCCCUGGUCCCCAUAACCCCCCCCCUGGUCCCCAUGGGGAGUUCCCCUUCCCCCACUGUCACGGCUUCGUGAAAAUCCCCCCCUCUAUCCACCCUCUUUGCCCCUUCCCACCCCCUCAUCACCCCCACCCACACCCUCGUCCCCAUGGCCACGGGCCACCCCCAGGGCACUCUCUACCACCCCAUCCGACACACGUUCUGGGCGAGGCUCCUCCCCCACAUGUCAAGGCAUAAUCUCAGCAUUCCGAUUACACUUCUAAAUGGUGGAUGGCUGAAAUCAUGUUGACACAUAUUCAGAAGUAGUUUUGCCAUCAUGGUUGAAAUAAUGUCAAUAAUAAGAACAGUAACUGUGUACUGUACUGCAAAUGAAAUGAUCUGUUGUCUUUUCUGGCUUCUACUUCAUCUACGGAUUCUCUCUGUUAAAAUCAGCUGUGACAUUAUUGGAUGACAUAUUUUUUUUUUUUAAAUGAAUAAACUACUUCAUGAUACUAAUGUACUGAGAUACUCAUGACAAACUAGAGGACAGGCAAACACACACACACAGGCACACACACAUACAGGCACACACUAACACACACACACAAACACACAGGUACACACACACACACACACAGGCACACACACACAGGCACACACACACACAGGCACACACACACACACACAGGCACACACACACACACACAGGCACACACACACACACACACACAGGCACACACACACACACACACACACACACACACACACACACUAAAAAGCUGUUACACUAAGUCCAUUAAGGUCAUAGUUGGCUUAAUCACUGUGGGUCAAUGUAACGGCUCAGUACAAUGACACACGGCACACGGCCUUGUUCGGGGGGGGGGUAAGCACUAUGCUAACAUCACAUGGAGAAGUUAAGCCACUCCCGUAUCUCUAUAAUCAAUCGAAUUGAUGCAUGCAAAGCAAUUAUCCAGAUAGUUACAUAUCAGUUAAUCCUCUUGUUUUCGAUGGAUGGAUCCACUUUCAGCAUAGCAAGAUAAAGAACCUCUGAAAAAAAAACGUUUUUUAUUUAACAACUGAAAAACAUUUCAGUGUUGAGGAGUAGUGAACUACAUGUAGUUGGACAUGACUUUGCAGUAGCUUGGUGGUAGUUGAACUAAAUUUAAACCUUGGUCAUUUUUUUGUCAGUAGUUAGUUACUUUUUGUUACCAUGCAGCUGUGUAGCUAACUACUGGAACUACACACUACUUUUUUUUGCAAAAAUAAAAUAUGGGUGAAUAAGGCAA